UCUUUAUGUCUUUAAGACAUUCCUGCAGUUUAACUAAUUGGUGUGUGUUAUCUGGCUUCAUAGAUAGAUAAAGUUCAGUGUCAUUUGCAUAGCAGUAAAAAUGUAUCCUAUACCUUCUGAUGAUACUGCCUAAGGGAAGCAUGUAUAAUGCAAACAGAAAUCGUCCUAGCACUGAACCCUGUGGAACUCCAUAAUUAACCCGAAGAGGACCCUCAAUUUACAUGAACAAAUUGGAUAGAUUUGAUUAGAUAGAUAUGAUUCUAACCACUGCAGCUCAGGAGUUAAAAAUAAGUUAAUUAUAUUUAAGACUGAAGCAUUAAUUAAUGGUAGGACUUCUUUGAGCAGUCUUGUAGGAAUGGGGUCUAAAAGAAAUGUUCAUGGUUUGAAGAAAGUAAUUCCUGAAGUUAACUCAGAAAGAUCAAUUGAAGGAAAAGAGGCUAAAUAAAUAACAAUGCUACUGAAAGUAGUUAUGUAGUUGCUAUGUCUCUGUGAUGGUUACAAGUAAUUUUCUUCUGUAAUGGUUAAAAUUUUAUUUGUAAAGAAUUUCAUGAAGUCAUUACUAGUUAAUGUUAAUAGAAUGCUUGACUCAACAGAGCUCUGGCUUUUAGUCAGUCUGGCUACAGUUCUGAAGAGAAUCCUAGGCUUGUUCUUAUUUCCUUCAACCAGUGAUGAAUAGUAAGAUGUUCUAGCUUUACGGAGGCCUUUUUUUAAAUAGAGCAAUAAACUGACUUUCCAUGCUAAAUGAUGAUCUGCUGGCUAAAUGAAGAACAGGAAAUGAUACUCUACCGCAGAGCAAACUAAGUGAGUGUAAAACACCAAACACAAACACCACAAAAUUGGCCUGAAAUAGCCAGAAAGACACCCAGAAUAAUCACAAACAGAUGUAAAAUAACAAUAAAUUUACUUAAAAUGUUCACAAAUUAAGAGAAAAUGACCACAUAUUUACAUAAAAUAGUCAAAAAGGCACUCAGAAUAACUGCACACAGAUUUAAAGCCACCAUAAAUAUAAUUAAAAUGAGCAAAAACUGUUGUAAAAAAUCCACAGAGACACUCAAACUAUUCAUACAUUAGAUAAAAUGACCACAUUUUGACAUAAAAUAAUUAGAAACACACCUUAAAGAUCAUAAAAAUACUCAAAUUUACCAAAAACAGAUGUUAAAUAUUCAUAGAGAUACUCCAAAUUCCCAGAACAUGUGUAAACUGGUUAUAAAAAACACUCAGAAUUACCACAAAUUGACAUAAAAUGACCAUGAAGAUGAAAAUGACUUGUGAAAAUGUUUGUUUGUUUGUUUUUUAAACCACUGAGUUAUGUUGAAUUAGCUGCACUCAUGCAUGGGGUUUAUAUCGUUGAUUCUCUGUGGUGAGUAUCAGUGCGGCCUGGAAACUGUGUGUUACUCAGACACAGUUGUUAUCUGAAGUAAACUGAAGACCUGCCAAGCAAACAUUUGCCACGCUGGUUUAGGCUUCUGUGAUGAAUGAAGCCAGAGAGUCUCUGUAUUUUCAGCGUGAUCGGACCUGAAGGCUGCAGAGCAUCGAAACCGUGUGACCUCCGUGACCACAAUCCAUCACGGCAAUGAUGCCGAGCAACUGCUGCUGCCGCCUCCAGCCGUCCUGUGUUCAAACUGACAUGAAAGGAGAACAGACGAGGAGAGUAACAGCAGACGUCUGCGCUGGCAGCAUUUACAGUAUGUUUCUUAACAAGGUCACACCGGGAAACGAAACAAACAAACAUUUGUGUGGAGACAUCCAAGAAGACUUCAGAUAUAACUGUAGCAGCAAGAAAUGCAUCAAAAUGUCAUUAAAGGUGCAGUCAGUCAUUUUUUAAAGUUAUUUCACAGAAAAAAAAAUACUGGACUCGAAGGAGAUCUUUAUAAAAUGUCAUCCUUUUCUUCCUCAACUCAAGCCUCUCCUGAACUGAAGUCAGGGCUCUAACACACAAACAUGUAUAAACAUGCUCAUUUAGUCCCGAUACUGUUGCAAUUACCUAUUGUAAGCAGACACAUGAUACGGCUAAACAACAACAUCAUAUUAUAAUUUAACAUUCGCCAGCAAAUGUUAGGCUUAUAUGUCCUAAGUCACACUUUCCUUUUAACAGUUUGAUUACAUUUUCACAUCACAGGACAGUUUAUUCACUAAGCAACAAGUCCAACAAUGUAACAGCCACUCAAAGCACAGUUUAACUAACACCAGCUAACAGCAACUAACAGAAGCUAAAAAAGCUAAGAGCAGCUAGCAGAGCCUAACAGCACCUAACAAAAGCUAAGAGCAGCUAACAGAGACUAACUGCAAUCUACUGACAUUUAGAGAUGAGAUUUGACAAACACUGUAACUUUAAAGCUUUAUAUUAUUGCAGCCUACACUCAUUUAGAUUAAGAUCACCUGAGUUUCCUGGCUGUGGAUCCAAAAUGUGAUCUCUGGAUCUCUGGAUCCUCUUGGAUUGCUGGAAGUGAAGCUCUGAACUGAAGAAUUAUUAUGAUGAUGAUGCAGGAACAACAGCAGCAGGGGAUCUCAAAUACACCAAAUCCUAAACUAAAGAAAACCCAUCUAUGAAUACAACACGAAAAGAAGUCUCUAAUCAGACAGCCUCUUCAGUGUGGAUAUAUGUAUCCAUACUGAGAUAUAUUUUCUACAACUCAGACUACAACUAAGUCUGAGUUGUAGAAAAUUCAGCUACUCUGCAUUUCUUUAUGUCUUGAUGCAUGCUCAAUCAUUUUUUUAAAGUGACCCAACAGUUCUUCAACUUUGUGGUCUUUCAAAGUUUUCUUUGGACAAUGGCUGCUUUUUCGCUCAUUUACAAGUAACAUACAGAUAAACUCAGAUAAGGAUUCCCCCAUUUAAAAACAUCAGGAAAGUAUUUGAUUGGGUAGUAACUGAAUCCUCAGUACAGACUUUGUAUUAUUGCAGGGUGUUAAGUUUAUAGCACCUUGAGGCGACUGUUGUUGAACUGAAUAGAACCUCCCAAAACUAUAAAUAUGUGAUGUUUUAAAUGGAUUCUCCUGUCUUCAUUGCACGCAGACUCUUUGGUUGAGAUGUAAAAGAACAGAACAUUUUCGGGGGGAAAUAUUUGCAAGAGUCCUUUAACCAUCUGAGAUUAAAAAAAAGAAGGGGAGAGAGAGAGAGAGAGAGAGAGAGAGAGUUAGGCGUGCGGUGCGUUGGCAGUAUAAAACCUGGAGUCAGACUUGAGCAGCUCUGAACUUGUGAGGAGAGCUGAACGCGGAUGAAACUCCCGCUUUCGUGUUUUAUACUGAAAAAAAAAAGAAGAGUCCAAUAUGAGAGAAAAUGACCGGAGAAUGAUGGAGAGGCCGCCCUCUGAGCCUUCUAAUUCUCAGCUGCUGGAUAUUUAAGUUGAUCAGAGAGUUUUUAUGUUAAACAUGCCGCGGGUGACGCGAACAGGAUGAAGAGGAGGAGGCAGAAAUGUGUCGGAUAAGUGCUGGAGAUGGAGACGAGAAACGCGCGCGGUGGAUGAAUAUCUGAGGAGCGGUCUCCUUUGCGCUCAAUGCCAGCGGGGUCUGACCGGGGAAGGUGGAGGGAUGGAGAAUGCCAAUCAGCUUAAACCGACGCCUACCAUCUACGGAGAGCUGCUGAACAUCUCGACCAACGACACCCAUGCCAAUUUCACGGCGAAAGCGGAGCCCAAGGACAGUAGCGUGGCUCUCCAGGCGGGUCUGGCCGUCACCUUAGCGCUCAUAACUUUGGCGACGACGCUUUCAAACGCGUUCGUCAUCGCCACCAUUUACCAGUCCCGCAAACUGCACACGCCAGCAAACUUUCUGAUCGCGUCGCUGGCGGUCACGGACCUACUGGUGUCCAUCCUGGUGAUGCCCAUCAGCGCGCUGUACACGGUGAGCCAGACGUGGACGCUGGGGCAGGUGGUCUGCGACAUCUGGCUGUCCUCGGACAUCACAUGCUGCACCGCGUCCAUCCUGCACCUGUGCGUAAUCGCGCUGGACCGCUACUGGGCCAUCACCGACGCGGUGGAGUACUCCAAGAAGCGCACGCCGGCGCGCGCAGCCGGGAUGAUCGCCACCGCCUGGGUGAUCGCCAUCUCCAUCUCCCUGCCGCCGUUCUUCUGGCGCCAGGUGAAGGCGGAGGAGGUGACGAGCUGCAACGUGAACACCGACCACAUUUUUUACACCAUCUACUCCACUUUCGGCGCGUUCUACAUCCCCACGCUGCUGCUCAUCGCCCUGUACGGGAGGAUAUACGUGGAAGCCCGGAAGCGCAUCCUGAAGCAGGCGCACAAGCCGGGGAAGAGACUCACCUCUGCGCACCUGAUCACCAACUCCCCCGGCUCGGUGGCGUCCACCACGUCCCUUAACUACGGGACCAACGACUCCUCCUCCUGUGACACUACCUCGUCCGCGAACGUGAGCCAAGUCAAAGUCACUGUGUCCGACGCGCUGCUGGAGAAGAAGCGCAUCUCGGCCGCCAGGGAGAAGAAGGCGACCAAAACUUUGGGAAUAAUCCUCGGAGCCUACAUCAUCUGCUGGCUGCCGUUUUUCAUUUACACUCUUUUAGUGCCUCUGUGCGAUUCCUGCUUCCACCCGGAGCUAUUUGACAUUUUCACCUGGCUCGGUUACCUCAACUCCUUAAUCAACCCCAUCAUUUACACCAUGUCCAACGAGGACUUCAAGCAGGCUUUCCACAAACUAAUACGGUUCAGAUGCUUCAGGGCGUGAAGAACGAUGCCAGCCAUGAUUAUACCCCUCCCACACACACACACCACCACCUCCUUCAAGCUCACAACUCAUCUGUAAAAUACCAGGAUUGAGUCAAACCCAGCAUCGACCCCCACCCCUCCACCCCACCCCCCUACCCCCCUUCUCCUGAAGGUGCCAUCACCCAAAGCCAGAUUUCUUUAUGGUACAGUGGCUCCAGCAGGAGUACCACCUAUACCACCUAUCAGGCACUGUACCACUGCCUGAUAGGUGGUGCAGGUGGUGGACAUGGACCCGCCUCCAGGCCUGUGCUGCUAUUGAGGAUGUUGGUGCAGAUGAGAGGUGUCAGCGAGUGUAAGGUGUGUGACUCGUUUGCAGGUGAUUGAGUUGCUAUUAAGACUCGGAGAAAGCUCCCCCUUCCCCACCCAGGGGGCCAUCCCCCGCCUGUAUGUGCUGCACUUGGCUGCAGCAUACAGACUCACUUUGCCAUAAGAGUUUGACAGCCAGCGUCAGUUGGCUCGUAAGCACAAACAGCUUAAGACUAAGCUACCAUGAGCCCGAAGGGCAAAAAAUAAGAUUUGUGUUUCAUUUUCCUGUCAAUAAGGGGAAAUACCGGUGCCUACAACAUGUUUAGUUCAGUUCUUCAGCUGUGCCUGGCCCUAACGGGGACAAAGGCAUGAUUUUAGUUUGUGGGAAAAGAUCCAAAUGUGGUUUAUUUUUGUGGCCAGUGUGUGUAUUUCUGUUUCUUUUUCUUGCUGUGGCUGAUGUUCACCUUUAACCAUGGCUCAGAACUGAGUGUAAUUGUAUGAAUCUGUAUGCAUCAGUGUGAUUUUUACAUUAAUUUGUCAAAAAAAAGAGGCUGGAUUUUGCUUGGUCAUACUGUAAAAUAGUGCUAAUCUCAGAGAGAGGGAGGAGCCGGUACUGUAAGACCCAACCUGUCUACCAGAUCUCUCUAAAGAUGCAUUCCUAAGUGUUGAUGUUCGCUUUGAUGUGCCGUCUCAUAUCAGACUCAAACAAUUCAGAUCUGACUCUAAAGGCUGCUGAUGCAGACUCCCAUCUCUUGGCAUUUGUGUCUUCCACACCUCAAAAGUUGUGCAAAUUUAUUUAUUUUUAAAAAGCUGGAAAAUGUCACGAUAUUCUGAUCAAAAUCACAUGUUAAAUGUCAGGCUGUAGCUGCUGCUGCUGAUCCCUUAAAAGAACAUUUCAAGGGAAAAAAAUCUUUAAAAAAUAAAUCUGUUUGCUUGCAGCUUCUAAAAAGAUGUAAAAAAUCAUUUUAUGGAUGGAAAAAAAAGCCACACAUGUGCAGGACCAUAGCAGAGGCAGUGAGGUCAUGGGCUUGGUUUUGUUAGGGCUGCUCGACUUUGACUGUGUGGUGUACUAAUUAUUCACCCAAUGUGUGAGAGAACCCCUAUUUUAAGGCCGGGAAGAGAUACAAACCGUGCCUGAUGGUCUCAGGCCUGGAUCAAGCAGGAAGGGCAUCCAAAUCAAGCAUGUAGUGACUCAUUAGCAAACAAGGGAACAGCUGAAAGGAUGGUUCAAAUCCUCUGGAAUUACAGUGGGUUUUUCACCCUUUAACUUCAAAUUCAGCUGAAUAAAUGAAAUAACUACAGUCCAGGGUGACAGCAACUUUGGCUUUUUUGCAGGGUAAGAGUAAAAAUUUAUUGUGAAUCUGAAUUAUUUUAUCUUCAUUAUAUACGUUUCGUAACAGGAAGCUGAACUUGUCCAAGAACUUAAGAUCCAACUUAACUGCACAGUCUUAGGUGUCAUUUCUUGGAGUUCUGGUUGUACAGUUAUACCCAGUUUACAUACUAGUUAUUUUUUAAAGCUUAUUUUGCUCAGUUUGGGCCAACAACAUAUGACAUUCAAGUGAUUCACAGUAUUUUACCAUAUUGUAGACAAAUUAUUUAUUAUAAAUUAGCAAAUAGAAUUUAAAAAUGAAAUAUAUAAAAUGUAAAACUUAAAAAAAAGAAUGGAUUAUUAUUUACUAAGUUGCAUUUGACUCUUAAUUUGACUUCAGUGUUUGUAAAAUUUCCAGCAAUGCCCUGAACAUGUCAUACUUUGAUAUAUAUAAUCCCAGAAAGCAGGUUGGAACCACGUCCAGGUAAUUUAUGGAAAAUGCUAAAUGGUUAUUGGAUUUCUGCCAUAGCGUUAAAGAAAAAGACGAGUCAUCCAAAUAUUUACACUCAUACAAUGCUGUCAGAUAGUUUUCCCCUCCUAUCAGGUCAGGAGCAGCUACAGCAUCACUAAAGAGCCUGAAAUAACACGUAGAAAUAAAUAAACAGUUUGGAGAGCAAGGUGAGUUUCUAAUAUCGUACUAGCCUUGUAAAAAUUCACAAAUUUCUAAAUUUUCACUUAAAAUGAAAAAUUUCCUCACAAAUGUACGGCUUUAUAAUCUACAAUUCUGCCACUUCUGUCUUUGAAAAUAAGAUUUUCUCUUUUUUAAAUUUUUGUCUUACCCUGAAUGGUCCCUAUGCGCCCCUGUAGCUACAGAGAUCUAGCAGAUCUUUAGACUUUGAUGUGAAGUCAGGAGGUGAUAAUAUUAGCUUAGCUUGGCAUGAAUAUUGAAAUCAAAGGAGAAACAGCUAGCAUCACAUCUCUGUUACUCAAAUCUAAGGGGAAGCCCAGAUUCAAAGUUAUGUGUUGUUAUAUAAAAAUAAUUAUUAUAUUUCUGUUUGUGUACAAAGUAAAGCAAAGAGUAUGCAAGCUUUAGAGGUGAAAGGUCGUGAGCUAGCUGUCUCUCCUUGGUUUAUGCUUUUGCGCUAAGCUAAGCUAAGAUAGACUAAGCAGGUGCUUAGCCUAUCUUAGCCCAGCUGACAUACAAAAGUAAGAAUGGUAUUGAUAUGUCUCAGAUAGAAAGCUAUAUAUUAUAUAUAUUAAACAUUUCCAUCAAAAUUAAAAGGCUGAAUUUGCUACUCAGCAUAAAGGAGACCUAUUCUGCUACUGCCUAACCCCAUAUUUUUAUUUUGAGACUCCACGGGAGAAGUUUUGGAUAAAUCUUGGUUCAAAAUAAUCCUUAUUAAGCUCAUACUGGCCCUUAAAUAUCCUGUUCCCACCUACCAAAAAAAGGCAGAUUAGCUUUCAGAAGCCAGCUGAGGGAUUAAAAUUGUUGCUUUUGGCCGACAGAGAUUAUUUUUACUCACUUUUUACUGCAUUAUUUGGAACUUGGGCACAUCUAACAACUACAUUCUGAAGAUAAGGAAGAGCAGGAUCAGUCUCCUUUAACGAGGGAAAAUUCACUGAGCUGUUCCUGAUGAAUAUUGAAAUUAAUGAGUUUGAUUCCCCAAUAGAAACAGUGAAAGUGUCUAUCCACUUUAAAAAAUAGAAAAUCCUGGCGCAGUUUCUCUCGAAGGGAUCCCGCCUCUUCUUGUAACUGAACGGCGGCCACUCUGGGAUUCGAUCUGGACGUACGAUAGCCAUUGUGCUCAAAUCCAGCUCUGUGACGAGUCGCCUCUUUGUGUACAGUAUCGAUCAGCUCAGUGUGAAAUUCAUCUGGUGGCUCCGUCAGUCCAAUGGAAGUUGCAUUUCAUCCAGGUUAGCUUUUUGCUGUACAACGCUUUUGCGCACAUUGGCGAUGCACUGUAACUGCUCUCUGCUCUGCAGGAUGAAAUCCAGCCCGUAUGGAGCACAAAAAGCACUGCUGCUGUUGUGAAAACUAAAAAAAUGAAUAAAAAAGGUCUAUGGCAUCAUGAGGUUA